GGUCACGCAGGUUUGGGGUGUCCAAAGUCUGCGUCUAGAACGUGUCUGUCAAACAUGCAGCUGUGUGCACCCUCCGUCAGCGCUCUCCUGUCCCAGGGCACGGCGCUGUUCCGAGACAGGCAUGAGGCUCGGCCGGGCCGGCCGGCAGCAGCCGCUGCGGGCACAGGGCGAGGCCGUGCCGGAGGAGCGGCGGAGGGCACAGGGCCGGCCCGGCCGGGAGCAGCCGCUGCGGGCACAGGGCGAGGCAGUGCCGGAGCAGCGGCUGAGGGCACAGGGCGAGGCAGUGCCGGAGCAGCCGCUGAGGGCACAGGGCGAGGCCGUGCCGGAGGAGCCGCUGCGGGCACAGGGCGAGGCCGUGCCGGAGCAGCGGCUGAGGGCACAGGGCGAGGCUGUGCCGGAGGAGCCGCUGCGGGCACAGGGCGAGGCAGUGCCGGAGCAGCCGCUGCGGGCACAGGGCGAGGCCGUGCCGGAGCAGCGGCUGAGGGCACAGGGCGAGGCUGUGCCGGAGGAGCCGCUGCGGGCACAGGGCGAGGCUGUGCCGGAGGAGCGGCGGAGGGCACAGGGCCGGCCCGGCCGGGCCGUGCGGAACGCGCAGGCGCCUGGGGCGGGCCCGGCGCGGUUGCCGGAAGGGCCGCCCCGGCCAUGCCGAGCCUCGCUGGGUUCCUGCGAGUGCGGGCGGCGCCGGUGCGGAGCGGCGGGGCCAUGCCCGGGAAGGGAAAAGCAGCCGCCAAGGGCCCCGCGGAGCCGGGCGCCGCCGCGGGACCGGUGGUGGCGGCGGGCGGCGGCUCCGUGAGGGUGGCGGUGCGCGCCAAGCCCGGCGCCCGCUGCAGCGCCGUCACAGAUGUGACAGCUGAGGCAGUAGGUGUAGCUAUUGCUGCACCUCCGUCGGAAGGGGAGGCAAAUGCAGAGCUGUGUCGCUACCUCGCCAAGGUGCUUGAAGUGAAGAAGAGUGAUGUUAUUUUAGAGAAGGGUGGUAAAUCACGUGACAAAGUGGUGAAGAUUUCGGUAUCAGCGACACCAGAUGAGGUUUUAGAAAAACUGAAAAAAGAAGCUUCCAGCUGACCUAAAACAAGAGCAGGAAAUAGGAAAAAGCAUCUUGGUACAUGGACUGAUAUUCUUUCUUAAUGCAGUGCUGUUGAGAGUGUGGGUAAUGACUACAGGAGGAUACUUCUUUCCCCUCUCCUUGUUAAUAUAGAUGCUGUACAGUUGAAGUUUUUCUGUAAGUUUGGUUGGAAAACUGAGACUCUGUUUCUGUCACUACAGACUUCCCUCUGCUCUGGAUGGUUUCCUGUGGGUAAGAUUUGUCCUCUUUCCUGGUCCCUAAACAAAUGGUUUAGGACAUGGUUUUUUUUAGUGGAGCAAAUGUUGGUUAACAAAGUGAGGGGCUUGGAGUGACAGCCUUCCAUGUGGGAAGUGGUACAAAAGGACAAACCUGGAUGGCAGAGACAUAAAAGAGAAUGUUCUCUCUGAUAUCUCACAGCAGGUGCUGUGUACAGCUUUUCACUGUGGGCACUUACAGAUAUCUAAAAUAAAUGUCUUUUGAAGCCAGUGUGCUGUUGUUGAUCACACAGACAAACUGAAAGCAGAAUCUCAUGAGCAACUGAAAGAAAACCAGAAGUUUUUAGUAUGAAAAACCAGUGCUGGACCCAGUCACUGCACACGUGGGGUCACUUUGUAAUGGUCUGUAAAUACUUUCCUUAAAAGUAGAGAUAUGGUCAUACGUAUCUUUGCCAAUUGUAUGUCACCUGUAAUGAUUGUUUUUAAUAAAAGGGGCAAAAAGUA